UCACCUGAGUGAAUGUGUCACCUGUUGUUCUUUAAUUGAAGCGGGCGAAGUGUAUGGUUUGAGAUUCAGGCUUACCGUCAGUUUCAGCUCUUGUGUGUUGAAGACCGACACCUCGUCGCCCCCAGUGCAUAUCAACACAUCUUCCCCAGACCAGAUCACUUUAGCAGCUGUACCCGGCGAAGGACAUCCGAACUCAGCCCAAGUCUCAACAACAGCACAUCUCGCCUCCAUAGCCGAGAGAACUGGAAAAAUAACAGGCGAGAUGAAGCUGUCCUUUAGUUCUCUGGUGAUCACGGCUGGCAUCUUCGGUAUCCUCAGUUUCGCGUUCCUGGCUACGGCGAUCGGGAGCGACUACUGGUACAUUAUUGAGGUGAACAGAACUAACCGGACCGAUACAAACGUUUCGGAUUCCCAUUCCGGAUUGUGGAUAACUUAUGAAGGUCAGAAGGUGUAUUCUUACACAUUUAACUCCCCCAACUACUCUGAUUCUGAGAUGCACAUGUUGAACAUGCACAGUGCGAUUGUGGUCCUAUUGCCUCUAAGCCUGGUCCUGCUGGUGUUCGGAGGCAUCUGUGGAUUGAUCAGUUCCCUGGCCCGGAGCCCCACCCUCCUCACUGGCACCGCCUCCUAUCUCAUCCUCUGCAGUGUUCUGACCCUCUCUGGUGUCAGCCUGUACAUCAGUUACUCCCAACAGGCGAUGGCUGAGACUGAGAGGCUGGUGGGGGCUGAGCGUUUGGCCCAGGUGGUCAGCACCUCUUUCGGCUGGUCCCUCGGCCUGGCCUGGCUCUCCUUCUGCCUGGAGGUCCUCGCUGGCCUGCUGCUGCUGCUAGCUUCCCGCCUAGCCACCCUGCAGCACGGACCACAAGGCCACGGCUGGCCUCUCCAUGUUGUAACCUAACCCAAGAGGCAGAUGUCACAAGAACUGGAUAACCAACUGGCCCUGAACUGUACCUUCAAUUUUCAAAUGAUUUGUAUGUGCUCGUAUCUGGCACCACAAAUUAAGUUCUCUCUGGAAAAAUUGUUCUUUAAGUAUUUAUUUUUU